AAGGAGGGACUGCUUUACUUGUUUUGUUUUUGUGACACUUGUUUUCAAGGCUCUACCCCAUAGAGGCUCGAGAGGUAGAUACGUCUAUUUCUGAGGCAUUCGUAAUUUCCAAGCAACCCACUGGGAGAAAAGGUUUUAGUCAAUACAGCGUGAGAUGGAGAUUGAAGCUGAAGUGGAGCAGUCUAAAUUCAAGAGGAUUUGCGUGUUCUGCGGGAGUAGCCAGGGGAAAAAGACUAGCUAUCAGGAUGCUGCUAUUCAGCUUGGCAAAGAAUUGGUCUCAAGGAACAUUGAUUUGGUCUACGGAGGGGGUAGCAUAGGCCUGAUGGGUUUGGUUUCUCAAGCUGUUCACAAUGGUGGCCGUCAUGUUAUUGGAGUUAUUCCCAAGACGCUCAUGCCUCGAGAGCUAACUGGUGUAACAGUGGGGGAAGUGAAGGCAGUUGCAGAUAUGCAUCAAAGGAAAGCAGAGAUGGCUAAGCAUUCAGAUGCCUUUAUUGCCUUACCAGGAGGUUAUGGUACCCUUGAGGAGCUACUUGAAGUGAUAGCCUGGGCUCAACUUGGGAUUCAUGAUAAGCCAGUGGGAUUGCUGAAUGUGGAUGGAUACUACAACUCCUUACUGUCAUUUAUUGACAAAGCCGUGGAAGAAGGUUUCAUUAGUCCCAGUGCCCGCCACAUUAUUGUAUCUGCCCCAACAGCAGUGGAGUUGGUGAAGAAAUUGGAGGAGUACGUCCCAAGCCAUCAGGGGGUUGCUUCAAAGUUGAGCUGGGAGAUGGAGCAGCUUGAUUAUCCUGAAGAAUAUGAUAUCUCUAGUUGAAAUGAGCAUAUUACUACAUAGCAGAUGGAAGUAGAUGGGAAUCUGGAACUGAAAAGGCUAAUUUGGAAAGAAAACAAAGUCGAAAUUUCUGUUGUGGGGAAUUCAUUUUGUAAAUUACUAUAAUUGACAUGAAUAUGUGAAGCUUCGCUAUUCCCUCCUAUUGGAAAUUUAGUCUUCUGUUAAGUUGUUAGUACUAGAUUACUAUGAACAAUUAUUCCCCUUUAAAUGUUAAUUUAUUAUGUGUUCACUAA